AGAGUACAUGGGUGGCGUAAAACCCUGAACCCUCGACUUUCACAGCUUUGUUCUAGUUGUCUAUGUCUCGUUUCAGAGUUCUUCACCGUCGAAUUGAUUCCCAACUUGGAAGCUAUUUCUUCAGUUCACAGUCUACAAAUUCCCUCCAAUUUCACUCUCUUUCUUCUACUUCUCGAAGAUCUCGAACUUUCUUGCCGGAAAUCGAUGGCGGGAUCGGACCAGAAAUUGUAGAUGUGAAGAGGAAUAUACGUUCGGAUUCUGUGGUUAACCAAGGCGCGAGAUCGGGCGGAAGUAGAAAUGAGGACAAUGUGCUGAAAGGGAGAGUGGAUUCUAAGGGGCGAGAGAAAUUGACAAGGGAGGACGCUUUGGUCCGUAAAGAGCUUUCUCCGGACAUGGAGAUGUUUGUGAGAUAUCUAUACAGGGAAGGAUAUUUUAAUUAUGCGAAUUUUUUGCCUGAUAACAAACUGGUUCUCAGUUACUUUGAAUGUCGUCAUGGACGGGAUUUUAUCAAGUCUGCAGCUGAGCGGUUUGGCAGAGACAAUCAAGAAAUUGCGAAAUGGUUGUCUGGCAGUGACUUGAGAAAGGUUGCUUUAUUUGGAUGCCCAUCCACUGCUAGAAGAGAUGUUUUUGCUGCUAAAAGACUGCGAAAAUUCUUUAGUAUCCAAGAAGACACAGUUUGUCACAAUUGCACCUUGAGACAGUCAUGCAAGUAUGUGAAUCAAGGUGUUUGGAAUUGCGGCACCAAGAAUUUAAAUUUGGCAGUCGUUAUGCAGGUUAUUACUCAAUAUGACUUGCAAGCUAUACCAAAACAACUUAUAGUACCUGAAGACAUUAAGGCUUCUGUAAGCCGAUUGCUGAAAGAGAUAUUGAAACUGAGCCCGACCGUGUCGAGGAACUAGUUUUCGCCGCAACAUACGUUGAUCAACCCCAUCCUAUACUAGAAAAUCUGGGUUUCUCUCUGGUGGGUGUUGAACCUUCAAGGCGUCCAGCUUGUUCAUACGGCAUGGUGAGUUUGUGAGCAGUAAAGUAAAUACUCUGUUUCUUUGAUGGACAUACACGAUUUAGAGUGCGUUAGCUUGCUUCAUUUUGUCACAUUGAUAUAGAACCUGAAAAUUCAGUCUAAUUAUCAUAUACCUAAGCAGUUAGGUUCUAAACUCU